AUGAAACUAACCCAUGUGUCAAGGUGGCUGGAGUCUGCAGCUGGAAUCCCACCCAUCCGCUUCUGUAACUUGCACUUCCUGGGCCAAGGCUGCCUUCAGCUGUUGAGAGACUGCUCGCCGCAGCCAGCCGGCUCCUCUGCAGUGCGCCGGGCAGGGGCCGAGCCGCAGGGCCGCCGCGCCUUCCGCACCUGGCCCCGGCUGCAUCGCCCGCUCCCGACCGGGCACCGGCUGCAUCGCCCCCUCCCGACCCGACCGGGCACUGGCUCCAUCGCCCUCUCCCGACUGGACACCGGCUGCAUCGCCCCCUCCGGGCACUGGCUCCAUCGCCCCCUUCUGACCGGGCACCAGCUGCAUCGCCCCCUCCCGACCCGACCGGGCACUGGCUCCAUCGCCCUCUCCCGACUGGACACUGGCUGCAUCGCCCCCUCCCGACCCGACCGGGCACUGGCACCAUCGCCCUCUCCCGACUGGGCACUGGCUGUAUCGCCCCCUUCCAACCCAACCAGGCACUGGCUCCAUUGCCCCCUCCUGAUCGGACCAGGCACCAGCUGCAUCGCCCCCUCCAAACUGGGCACCAGCUCCAUUACAUCCUCCCUACUGGACAUAGGCUCCAGCACUACCUCCAAGUCCAGUGGCGAAUGUCAAGGUUAUCCCUGGGGCAUCCCCAAAGCGGGUACGAUUCUACCCCCCAAGGGAGGCACUGGCAGGGCACCAUGCCCUGAUCACUGUUGGGCAGCUGGCUGGGUGUGGGCAGCAAAUGGGGAUCUGUUGAGUGGCCAGUUUGCAGCUCUGCCGUGACACUGAGACAGCAG